AUGAAGCUCUUCGCGCUCACCGUGGCAUCCGUCGGCGUGGCCGCCUUGCCACAAUUGCCGGCCGUCCCGUCCAAUCUAUGCGGCACCAGAACAUUGAGUUGCUGCCGGCUCGCCACUGGCUCCUUUCUACAAUGCGACAGCAUGCCCCUGACCAUGAACGACUUGGCGGAUGUUAUGCGAGCUUGCGCGCCCUCCAAAUUUCCUGCGUGUUGCGACCUUAGCAGCAUGAAUAAUAAUCCGUUCUCGGGCAUCCUGGGCAACCUCUUUGGCAGUUCUCUACCGGCGAGCAACUGUGCAAUGCUGCCUUCGACGCCGAGCUCGGCGCCGGCCUCUCCCACACGCACCGCCAAGCCGUCUACUACACGCACCUUCAUCCCGUCUCCUACUAGCCGCCAGUUGUAG